AUGAACAACUCGGCUACACUAAACGCGAUCUCUGAGACUUCAGACCUGGCGACUUUCUCAAAUUUUGCCCUUCUUGUGCCGGCAACCUUUGCCAACCUGUUGGCUAUUGUGAUUUUUUUUCGCUCUGUGCGCCGCGAGGGGCAUGUUGCGAAUUUAUUUCUUCUAUGUCUGAGUUGCACAGACCUUCUGGGUUGUUUUUACGGUUUGCAUGUAGUUGCCACACCGCUCUAUCAACACCUUUUUAGCCCGGUCAUUUGUUCGAUCUUGGUGUUUUUUGGAGCCUUCUUCGGCUUGCUGUCGGCUCUGUCUGCCACUGUUCUGGCCAUUGACAGGUACUUCGCCCUGUGCAAGCCUUACACUUACGGAAUAGCCUUCACUAGAAAACGGGCGUUCCUGUACAUAGGCAUUAUUGUACUAAUAGCAACUUCGGUGUGCCUGAUCAACGUUGUUGGACUCGGUAGCUCUCACCAAUUCGUGAACAACUCGGAUGGAUCUCAGACAAUCCAGUGUUCUUCUCGACUCUACCAGACGGCCCCGGAACGCCGUGUCUUCGGCUACCUGUAUGGAAUUCUAGGAACUGCUGUCCUCCUCGUGGUCACCUUCUGUAACGUACAGGUAAUCAUUACAGUGCUGAAGAUGAGGCGGCGCGUUGCGAGCCUUGAAGGAGCAGGGGCCGUCGGCCAGACGAACCAGGUAGAGGUGAAGUUUGCCCGGGUGAUCAUAGGCCUAUCCAUCGUCCUCCUCGUGUGUUGGUCUCCUUUCAUGGUGAGCUUGAACAGGAUCUUUUAA